UAGAAUCAAAGUUAGAACUCUCAGAAACUAUGAAGGUUCAUUAAUCUGCCCAGGAAGAAUACCAGACUUUUGAGGAUAAUUCUUAAAGCAAGAUAUGUUUCAUGUUUUAGUGCCUGCUGCAAAACUAUAUUUUCUAUCCCCUAUUCAUCUUUGAAUAUAUUCAUCUAUGAAACUUUGCUUCUAAACUAAAUGAAGCACCAGUGAUCAUUCCAUGGAAAAGUAUUUUACCAGGCAGCCAGCCUGGAGGGAAAUUUAUGAAGAGUUUAUUUGACUUUGAAGCAAAAGCAUAUCAAUUUGAAAAUUCCAUCUGUAAAGAAUUUACAUGUCCUUAUUGCUCAGAAUUUAGGAGAGUCAAAAUACAUAUUUCUGCAACCAAAAUAAAAUUCAGACCUAAAGAAGUUAAAUGGAAGUUAUCCAAGCUUCUAAAUCUGUUUCACUCCUGCCCAUCAAGAAAGAAAGCAAGUAAAUAUUCUUUAAAUAAAUGUUAUUGUGAUCUCAAAUGUGGUGUCUUUUCAUGGUGAUGUGUUUCAUCCUACCUUUUGGAAAUAGUCAUGGUGUCUUUCGAAAUCGAAGAUCUGUAAAUCCUGAAGCAAACAUGAAUAUUAGUCAAAUUAUAUCCUACUGGGGCUAUCCUGAUGAAAAGUAUGAUAUUGUAACUGAAGAUGGCUAUAUCCUGGACCUUUAUAGAAUUCCUUAUGGGAAAGCAAAUAAUAAUAACUCAGCUCAGAGACUUGUUGUAUAUUUGCAACAUGGUCUGCUCACAUCUGCCAGCAGUUGGGUCUCCAAUCUUCCCAACAAUAGCCUGGGCUUCGUGCUGGCAGACGCUGGUUAUGAUGUGUGGAUGGGAAACAGCAGAGGGAGUACCUGGUCCAGGAAACAUAGGUACCUAAAAACCAAUUCCAAAGAAUUCUGGGCUUUCAGUUUUGAUGAAAUGGCUAAAUAUGACAUUCCAGCCUCCAUUGAUUUUGUUGUGAAACAAACUGGACAAGAGGAGAUAUUUUAUAUAGGCCAUUCACAGGGCACAACCAUAGCUUUCAUAGCAUUUUCCACAUUACCAAAGAUAGCUGAAAAAAUAAAAAUAUUUUUUGCCUUAGCACCAGUUUUUUCUAUUGUACACACAAAAUGUCCUUUACUUAAAAUGGCAUACAAGAUGAAGCCAAUAAUCAAGGCGUUUUCUGGUGACGAAGACUUCUUACCCAAAACCUCAUUUAACAAAUUUAUUGGUUCAAAGCUAUGUCCCCUACCAAUUUUUGAAAAGAUUUGUGUUGGAAACUUGUUUAUGAUAUACGGAUAUGACCAAGAGAACUUAAACAUGAGUCGCUUGGAUGUGUAUUUCUCACAUAACCCAGCAGGAACAUCUGUUCAAAAUAUGGUCCACUGGAGUCAGCUUUUAUAUUCUAGUCACUUGAAAGCCUUUGACUGGGGAAGUCCUGAACUGAACUUGCUUCAUUUCAAUCAGACAACAUCGCCAUUGUACAGUGUGACAAAUAUGACAGUGCCAACUGCCACUUGGAACGGUGAACAAGAUUUGUUGGCUGACGCAGAAGAUGUUGAAGCUUUACGAUCAGAAAUCAAAUACCACAUUUACCAUAAAACUAUUUCUUACUAUAAUCAUAUAGACUUUUUGUUUGGGAUGGAUGCCUACGAGCAAGUUUACCGUGAAAUUGUUGCAAUUAUGCAGGUCAACCCAUAAUGAACCAUGAGACUCCAGGAUUGAGGAUCUAUAACAUUCUUAUUAAAGUCCCAUUACUUUUUCUUA